UAAGAUGAGCGCCAUGAAAACCAAAUACACCUGCCAGGGUGACUCGUUGGACAUAAGUUGCUCGGCCUCAGAAGAGCUUAAAAUCUUUAAGGCAACUUACUUGCGAGAGGAAAACAAGAAAAUUUGCACAGGGAGGAGGAUGAAUAAUGUCAACACUGCUGAAUAUUGUGCCCCAGAUGAUAAGACAAAUUUGCUAAAAGAGCAUUGUGAAGGACACUCAGAGUGUAAUGUCACAGUAGAUACAAAUACCAUGGGAGACAAGUGCCAGUGGAUGUCAAACCCUAAGGAUCUGAAUGUUAAAUAUGGCUGUGAGGACGUAUCAUCCACGAACGAACCCUCGUUUACCACCGAAAAGAAGUAUACCACAGUAAUAGCAACGACUUCCUCAGAGGAAUGGUACAGAAGUGGCUAUGAAAUAUAUAAUACUGGAUACAGCAAUCAAAUCUCUCAUGAGAUGAUAUACUUGCUGUUUACAGUAAAUGUUUGGUUUCGGCUUCUGUAAUUAUGAAGUUGCCAAGUGAAUUCCACAACCGAGAGUCUAAACAAACGACUAUGUGACACCAACUUGCCUGUUGCCCAUCAAGGGAUAUUACGUUGACCCUUUAUUGUCUAUUUAGUAACAACGCGUUAAACAAUUCUUCGAGUGUCGUUUAUUGCGUUUUUCUAAUAAUUCCAACUGAAGGUAAUUAUGAUUUUAAGAAAAGGGUGAAUAUCAUCUUCUGACAGACAUUUUUUCUUGAGCCGUUUGGAUUCGAGUUCAUGUUCGUGUUCGAGUUCGCGUUGAACUUCGAACUAGUUCAGUUUUAGAAAAGCUUUUCAUGAUAAAAAUUAGUGAUAAUAAUUUUGAAUAUACAU